GUGUGUGUGUGUAUAUAUAUAUGCGGAGCAUAUGCAAGGCUCACAUAGACAAAUCCAUUCUAAAUCCAAAUCUCACAUCACUAGUUAUCACCAUGACGGCGACCACAUUCUGCCUUCUUGCCGCCGUUCUCGCUGCCACCACCGGGACGCUGGUUGCCGGCGCCGGGGACGACGGCACAACGCACAUCCGCCUCUACAUCCACGAGACAUUCUCUGGCGCCAACGCCACUGCGGUCCAUGUCACGGACUCCCCGCUCGGGGGCAACUCCACGUACGGCACGCUCAGCGUCUUCGACGACGAGCUCCGUCAAGGGUCCGACGCGGCGUCGCAGCUCGUCGGCCGCGCCCAGGGGAUCACCAUGCAGGCCGACCUGCAGGACUCCGGGGUGUUCUCCACGCUCCUCACCGUGGUGUUCACGAACGGGGGCUAUAAGGGCAGCACCCUGGUGCUGGGCGGCCGCGUCGACUUCGGCCCGGACGGGAAGGCGGCGGCGGAGCGGGCCGUGGUCGGUGGCACGGGCAGGUUCCGGCUGGCGAGGGGGUACAGCCUGAUGAGCAAGUUCGGCGCCACGUCGAGCACCGCCGUCUUAAAGUUGGACCUCUAUGUCAAGACGGACGUUUGAUCGUGUGAAGCUGUGGUGUGUUCUGCUGUUCGUCCUACAACGAGGUUGUGCUUGCGCUUCUUUUUUUUUUUUUGCAUGGUUGUGCUUGUGCUUGAGAGGGCUGUGCUGUUGUGUGUUUAAAUUUUACGAAACCGGGCGUGUUUAUACUGUAUUUUUUCGUUAAACAAACUUGUACUAUGUUGCAAGUUGUGUUGGUCAUUGUUGCAGACUCGAACUUCUAUGUUCACAAAUAAAUGACGCUUUCGAUA